AUGUUGUCGUGCGAAAAAUGGUUGGCAUCUCCGUGUAGCUUAUUAUUUAUUGUCCACCGAUAUGGAGAAAUUCUGCGAGGUCCUGAAAGAAAAGAAUUCGCUGCGAAAAACCUCUUGACACGCAACCUCAUUGGGCGGAAGGAAGUUUCAAAGGGAUUACAGAAAGACUAUAAAAUUAAUAGAUCGGAACGCCAACUUUACGACUAUCGACAUCUCCUUAAGCGCCGACAGUGCCUUUUGAUGAUAAAUUGGGAAUCAGCACGUAACGUUUUAUGCUGUACUGUCCUUUAUAAGGAUUCGAUAAAGGAAAAAGGUUAA